UUGUGGUGGUGUUUCUGCGGGUGGUGGACGCAGUGGACAGCAGCCGGAUAGAAAUUUGUAAAGAUGGCAUCUGCAACAGCAACCUAUGGGCAGAAGGAGUCUUCAGACCAAAACUUUGAUUAUAUGUUCAAGAUCCUCAUCAUCGGAAACAGCAGCGUGGGCAAAACCUCCUUCUUGUUCCGCUACGCAGACGACUCCUUCACACCGGCGUUUGUCAGCACAGUGGGCAUCGACUUCAAGGUGAAGACCAUCUACAGGAACGACAAGAGGAUCAAACUACAGAUCUGGGACACAGCGGGUCAGGAACGUUAUCGCACUAUCACCACCGCGUACUACCGAGGAGCCAUGGGCUUCAUCCUCAUGUACGACAUCACCAAUGAGGAUUCCUUCAACGCUGUCCAGGACUGGUCCACUCAGAUUAAGACGUACUCGUGGGACAACGCUCAGGUGCUGCUGGUGGGAAACAAGUGUGACAUGGAGGACGAGCGGAUGGUGAGCGCAGACAGAGGCCGGCAGCUGUCUGAACACCUCGGCUUUGAGUUUUUCGAGGCCAGUGCCAAGGACAACGUCAACGUGAAGCAGACCUUCGAGCGCCUGGUCGACAUCAUCUGUGAAAAGAUGUCCGAGAGCCUGGACGCUGGGGAUCCGGCUGUCACAGGGGCCAAACAGGGGCCCCAACUGACAGAGCAGCCCGCUCCACCACACCAGGACUGUGCAUGUUAAAGCUGACUACUCCCUCAAAACCCUUUUUCCUUCACCCUCUCUUCCUCCUCUUCUUCUUCUUCUUCUUCUUCUUCUUCUUCUCCUCCUUCUUCAGCUGGAUCUUAAGGCCCCCAGAUCUAUACUCCAUCAAACCAUUUUCACUUUCUUUCCUGCUUUUCUGUAACUCAGUUAAGGAUCAUUGAAUGAUGGUCAAGAGAAUCGGGUUGAAAAAUGUCUGAAAUGCUCUGAGAUUCUCGUGGACCGGUGCGUGACAUGUGUUUGCCUGUGGUUCCUCCGCAUUAAGAGCUUAAAUGUGUCUGUUGUUUUGAUCAGUGCAGGUGAUGAUCUGAUGCCAAAGCAAGUCCAGUUAAGUGUCUCAGACUCUUUGCAACCUGUGUUCUUCCUCAAGUUUUCCCGUUCCACCGCCCUGUUGUCUGCCUGUUCCUCGGUGUGGCUUUACAAGAAGGAUUUGACGGCGUCCGUCCUCAGAGUGCCAUUUAAAUCCUUCCAAUGUUUACAGUGCUUUGUUUCAUGUCAGUCAACUGUUUUGAGAAGAUGUCAGUCUCGGUUUUAGUGACCAUAAAGGUCAGAGGGGAGUUAAGUGGGUGGUUUGAUUCAGCUGAAAACUGUUCCUUACUGAUGGGUUUUUGUUUCUUUUAAGAUUCCACAGAAUCUAUAGAAAUCAAAUGCAUACAUGGUGUUUCUUUUUGUUGACUCACCUGGUAUCUUCACAUAGAUGCUGCCGGUGUUAUAGUUGUGUGUGUGUGUGUUUUUUUUAUUAUUGAUCUUUCCAUUUGACCUUUUUUUAUUUUAUUUUUUACAAUUCUUCAGCAAACCUUUUUGUAGUUUGAUGCCCCAUUUAUUCUUUUCUUACAUGAAACACCAGGUGGGGAGAAAUACGAACAACACAUAGCUAGGUUAAAAUUGUAAAAAAAGAAAAGAAAAAAGAAAAAUGAAGAGACAAGUUUUAUUUAAUUAUAUUUAUUUCAAAUGUACAUUUAAAUGUUGUGCAAUAUAUAAAUAUAUAUAGUAUCUACAGGUAUGCAUUUCUGGAAAUGAAUUUUAAAAGGUAUGAACUUCAAUGAGGAUAGCAUCAAAUAUAAAAAAAGGUAUCUGUUGUUUGGAA